UCAAAACCAAUUUCUGUUUUCUGUCACAUGGGAGACUUUGGAUGCGGAGAUGGAGGAUGGACACCGAUCAUGAAGAUUAAUGGCAGUAAGCACACCUUCCAUUACUCUUCUCAUUUCUGGGAGGACAGAAAGACCUAUAAAAAUGCUGCUGGCAAGUAUGGAUUCGACUUACAGGAAACAAAGUUACCAACCUACUGGAAAACACCCUUCUCCAAGAUCUGCCUCGGUAUGAAGAUCGGACAACGACUUAGGUUCAUCUUGAUCAACAAGACAGCCGAAUCUUUGUAUUCAUUGAUCGCUGACGGGAAAUAUCGCGCCACCUUACUGGGUCGUGACACGUGGAAGAAGGUGGUUGGUUCGCAAGCCUCUUUGCAGCGAAACUGCAACAAGGAAGGGUUCAAUGCUGUAAGUGACAACCGUGGUUUCUUUAGAGCAAGAAUCGGCAUCAUUGCUAACCAACAGAAUGACUGCUCUACCUGCAACUCCAGAAUCGGGUUUGGUACAGGAGGAGAUAAUUCGUGCGGAAAUGAAGCAACAUUCAACCCUGAUAAUGGAGACAAGCACAUCCGAGCUAUGGGGUACAUCUUAGUGCAGUGA